AGCGGGGCGCGGCGGACCCGGAGACACGGCGUGUGACGUUACAAGCGCGUCCCACAGUUCACGUGCUGUUGCGUAACGCGGUGGGUCAUCGUCACGCUCGCGCGACUGAGCGCGCCUCACGUCUCAACGUCCCACCAUCAACUGCACACCAUGGGUAUUAAAGGCCUCACCAGUCUGUUGGUUGAACACGCUCCGAAGGCGAUUACUCAUGAGAUCAAGACACUGUUCGGGCGCAAGGUCGCCGUCGACGCGUCCAUGUCUAUAUACCAAUUCCUCAUCGCGGUACGGCAGAAGGAUGGAGAAAUGUUGACGAACGAUGCUGGAGAGACAACAAGUCACCUCAUGGGGUUUUUCUACCGUACGAUUCGUAUGGUGGAGAACGGCAUCAAGCCUCUAUAUGUCUUCGAUGGGAAGCCACCAGAACUCAAGGCUGGCGUUCUAUCCAAACGGUUGGCCCUCCGAAAAGAGGCGCAAGAGGAAGGCGAAGAAGCGAAAGAGACAGGUACGGCCGAGGAUGUUGACCGCUUCGCGCGGCGGACAGUCAAAGUAACACGGGAGCAUAACGAGGAGUGCAGGAGGCUGUUGGGCCUUAUGGGAAUUCCAUUCGUUGUGGCACCCUCAGAAGCAGAAGCGCAAUGCGCUGAACUGGCUCGCGGUGGAAAGGUGUAUGCUGCGGGCUCAGAAGACAUGGAUACCCUUACCUUCCACGCGCCGGUCCUCUUGCGUCACCUCACCUUCUCGGAAGCGCGGAAAACACCCAUCAGCGAAAUCAACCUAGACAAGGCCCUCGAAGGGCUGGAGAUGAAUAUGUCACAGUUCAUCGAGCUGUGUAUACUCUUGGGUUGCGACUACCUCGAGCCAAUCAAGGGAGUUGGUCCCAAAUCGGCGUUGAAGCUAAUUCGAGAGCAUGGUAACUUGGGGGCUGUCAUUGAGCAUCUGCGAGAAAAAACUGCCGCCAAAGAAGAUGCAGCGAAAGACGAGGAUGGUAAGAAGAAGAAAGGAGGCAUCGUGGUACCUGAAGAGUGGCCAUGGGAGGAGGCCAAGAAGUUCUUUGAGCACCCUGAUGUAACACCAGCCAAAGACGUCGAGGUCGAUUGGACCAGUCCAGACGUUGAGGGACUCGUGCAAUUCUUGGUGACUGAGAAAGGAUUCAACGAGGACCGCGUUCGCAAGGGUGCCGAUAAACUCUCGAAGUUCCUCAAUACAAAGCAGCAGGGGCGACUCGAUGGUUUCUUCACUGCUAAGCCCAAGACAGAACCCAAAAAGGGGAAAGAGACGGAAAAGGGGAAAAAGGGCACGAAGCGGAAGGCGGAUGACAAGGACAAGAAGGACGCAGGGUCGAGCAAGAAAUCGAAGACAAAAAAAUAACUGGGGAUUCGCGUCCUUCGACUCAUCUUCCUCUGUAUAGUGUCUCGUCGUUCCUGCUCGGACAUGUCCGCCCUCGCUUUGUUGUUAAUGUUAUCCUGUACCGUACGUACCUUACAACUGUAUCAAUAGACUGGAGCACACGAAACUCCCGAGGUCUCUAAGCAAACCCAAGUAACACAUACGAUAGAUAGCACAGCAACGUGACUAUUUCUUCGUAUUCAUCUUCGCCAACGCAUUGCCGCUCCUGACCCUCCCUUUCUUCUUCUCCGCCUGCUUGCCCACCGCCUUCUUCUCCCCAGGCCGCUUCCGUACCCGCUCCCGCUCCACCCGCGGCUUCGACUUCAC